ACACACACGCACACACACACACAGCACUGCUGCAGGGUUGGACAGAGGACGGAGGGACGAAGCUCAGAGGAACCUGUGACAGAACGACGACUCAGAACAAAGAAAGAAGGUGAAAGAGGAAGAAAAGCAGGAGUGAGGCCAGAGAAAGAGGUGCUGUGUGCUGUGUUAAAGUGAAAGUGAACACACCCAGCUGUCUGAAGCUGCUCCACUCGGCGCUUACUGAAGAAAACCAAACCAAAGGGUUUGUUUCAUUGUGAAGUCAAGCAAUGCCCCCCAAGAAGAAGGCCUCCCGUCCGAAGAAAGCUGCCGUGGAAACCAUCUCUCAGGUCGCCAUGGAGACCGCUUCAGCUACGCUGAAAGUGGAGAACCGUGGCGACGGCGUUGUGGUGAUGGAGAGCGGGGUGAAGAAGAUCGAGCAGAUGGCGGCUCUGGACAUUGCUCAGCUGAACAGCCUCAACCUGCCGCUGCCGCCGCCCGUCAUCAAGCCCGGAGAGAGGGGCCUCGGCCUGGGCAGCGAGCUCACACGACCCCUGCACGGCAACGCCCUGCUGGAGGAGCUCAGCAAGAUGCGCCAGGAGAAGUUCCUGACUGAUCUGGAGUUGGCCUGUAAGACGAAAGCCUUCGAUGUCCACAAACUGGUGAUCUCGUCUGUCAGUCAGUACUUCAGGGAGAUUCUGGCCAAAGACCCGGGCAUGAAGCGUCUGGAGCUCCCCUCCCUCUCUCCUCUGGGUCUGGCCAACGUCAUCACCUUCGCCUACCUGGGUCGCGUCCACAUGUCCCUCUACACCAUCGGCUGCACCGUCUCUGCCGCCGCCACCCUGCAGAUCCCUCAGCUCCUCAAGAUGUGCAUGGACUUCCUGCUGGCUGAGCUCAACGUGCAGACCUGCGUCUACGUCUGGAACAUCGCUGCCGCUUACGGCCUCCCGCCCGUGUGCGACGCCGCCCGCCGCUUUGUGCUGGAGAACUUUGUGCAGUUCGCCGAGACGCCGCUGUUCACCCAGCUGACCCUGGAGCAGAUCUCUGCCUUCCUGCAGGACGACUCACUGCUGCUGCCUUCAGAGGUCACCGCCUUCCAGCUCGCCAUGAGGUGGCUCGACUUCGACUCCUCCCGCCAGGUUCACGCCGCAGAGCUUCUGUCCCACAUUCGCUUCGAGACCAUCCCGGCCAGCGAGCUGGUGAGCCAGAUCCAGCCGGUGCCCCGCAUGAUGCUGGACCCCCAGUGUCACCGCCUGCUGGUGGACGCCAUGAACUACCACCUGCUGCCCUACCAGCAGAACACCCUGCAGUCCCGACGCACGCAGGUCCGCGCCGGGCAGCAGACUCUGCUUACCAUCGGAGGGCGUCCAUCCCUCACCGAGAGAGCUCUGAGCCGCGAGGUGCUGUGGAGGGACCCUCGUGAUGGAGGAGCCACCUGGCGCCACCUCACCCAGCUGCCGGCAAAGAGCUUCAACCAGUGCGUGGCCGUGAUGGACGGCUUCCUGUACGUGGCGGGAGGAGAGGACCAGAACGACGCCCGAAACCAGGCAAAACACGCCGUCAGCACCCUCAGCAGAUACGACCCCCGCUUCAACACCUGGCUCCACCUGGCCAGCAUGCGUCAGCGCCGCACCCACUUCUCCCUGGCUGCCAGCGGCGGCCGCCUGUUUGCCAUCGGCGGGCGCAAUGUGGAAGGUCUCCUGGCUACCAGUGAGAGCUACCUGCCCUCCUCCAACACCUGGCAGAUACGUGCCCCUAUGGAGAUGCCCCGCUGCUGCCACGCCAGUGCCACCCUUCCCUCAGGGGACAUCCUGGUGACCGGCGGCUACACCAACUGCGCCUACUCCCGUUCUGUGGCGUGCUACAACGUGGAGACCGACACCUGGACCGAGAAACCUCCCAUGGAGACGCCCCGUGGCUGGCACUGCUCUGCCACCCUCGGAGGGAAGGUAUACGUGGUGGGAGGAAGCCAACUGGGGCCUGGUGGAGAGCGGGUGGAUGUGCUCUCAGUGGAGGUCUACUCUCCUGAGAGUGGCUCAUGGAGCCGGGCUGCUCCACUGCCCCUCGGUGUGAGCACUGCCGGCCUUUCCCCGCUGGCCGAGAAGCUGUACCUGCUGGGUGGUUGGAAUGAGGCGGAGAAGCGCUACAAGGCGGCCGUGCAGAAGUACGACCCGACCACAGACAGCUGGUCUAUGGCCGAGGACCUGCCCGAGCCCACGGUGGGAGUUUCCUGCUGCACCCUGACGCUUCCGCAUCGCCACACGCCGCGCCGGCAGCAGCACCGCAACACCCCGGGCCAUGAAGAGCAGCUGCAGCAGCACGCCGCCAAGAACCGAAACAAAGAGAGCAGCAUGCCUCCAUCACAAAGCACCACCGCUUAGGAACACAGAGGAGGAGGGAGAGGAGGAACAGGUCAACCUCAGGACAACAUCUGGAUCAUGUCUGGUGCCUUUCUGAAAAGUUUAGUGAACAUUACAAUUUAACAAGAAAACAAAUAAAAUUAAAGGUGCAUGUUGUAAAUUACAGCAUUUAAAAUCAGUUCAAAACCUUUGAAAAAUGAACUAAAUCUUUCAAAAGGAUGUUAAGAAGCAGCUGCUGUGACUUUAUGCCCAAAAGGUCUGUGUAUUGUGUUGAAGAGAUAUCAGCUAAAGGCAAAAUAGGGCCGGGCCAUACUGUUGUGUAGUAAGACGAUAUGCUGCAGUCAGUGCAACCUUUAUUUAAGCAGUCAGGUUAAUUAUAAGAUGCUUAUUUAAUGUGGCUGCCAUGCAAAAGGCAAAGCCUCUGGAGAACAUGGGGGUAGUUAAAAAGAAAUAUAAAAACUUAACAAAAUAAAAUCUUAACACACCUACUGGUAAAGUGCUGCCCCCCAGUGGUGAAAAUCUGUAAAGGGUAGUUCCAAAAAGUAUCUUUAAACAGUGCUGAAAAAAUGGGAAGAUGAACCUCAGAAAAAAACAUUUACUGUAAACACUAAAAUGUGAACGUAGAAGCGCUGAGGUGACAUUUGUGCGAUCGUGUGUUUAUUAAACAGGGACAGAGCAUUUUAAUGGAAGUGAGCAUACACAGCUGGAACAGCUGUGCUGCUCUCAGGUACGACAGAGGUUUGGUCAAAAAAGGAGACACCCUCUCCAUGUUCACGGACCAGGAUCAGCAGGAUUUCAUCUGCAUGUUUAAUUCUGUUCACAUAAAACAGUUCCUGAAUGCAAACUUUCCCUUUGCUGCAAAUUCAAACAAGGACACAUGUAUGUAUGAAUAAUAAUAAGACGAAAUACUUUAUCCUAAAAGUAGGGACAUUAAUACACAGCAAAAUUAAAACUGAGCCGUACUGAAGAUGGAACCGACUGCAGGCCCACAAAAAUAUCUGUGCUGGUUUCUGAAGAAAGGAGAUUACAUGGUCCAAAGUGGAGGUUCGAUAGAAAGAAGGAAAAGUAAAGGAUGGCUGGAAAUGAGAGUGGAGCGGGUGGAGGCAGACAGGAGACAGGUGGAUGAUGAAGGAUGGAGAGAUGGAAACAGGUUAUCCGUGUCUGAGGCGGUUUGAACAAACGUCACUGUGAAUCUCCAGCAGUGUGUACUAAGAUGUAUCCAGGCCGUGUGCGCAGCUGCCAAAACAAGCAUGAAUGUGUGUGUCUGUGUGUGUGUGAGAGAGUGACGUCAGGAGUGUGUGGCCACUACAGGAAAUGAACCAAUUUCUGCAAAAAAACAGCAAAAAUUUGACAAUUUACCAGCAGGAAACUUGAAACAUUUCUCAUGAGGAUCCAGUAGUUAAGGAUUUAUUUAUUUAACCAAUAUCUUUAGUGUAGCUGAAAUGUAACAAAAAUGAGAAAAAUAUAUGAAUGUGGUGCCUGAAAAUUAAACUUUUAUAAUUGCAACAGUGUGGAGGAAUAAAAAAAAAAUUCAAAAGGAGAAGCAACAACAGUCAACAGUUAAGUUUCCCCAAAAGAUUAAAAAAAGGAUAAAAAUCUGAAAAAUGCAGGAAUAAAAUACAAAUAAAGAAAUUAAUGGUGUCUCAGCUCACACAUUUUUAUGGAAACUAAGACAAACUGCAGAACCAGUGAGACUCCAGCAGGUUAACGGCGCUGUGGAGCACUUCAGUGAUGAUCGUUUGAUUGGCUGAAACUGUUUGGCUGGUUUUGGUGGAGUUUCACUGAAUAAAGAUAAUCUGAUCAAA